AUGGCCGUGCCGGUGCUGUUCGUCGCCACCUUCAUCUGGUUCCCCGAGAGCCCCUACUGGCUCGCGACCCAGGGCAGGGACGAGGAAGCCAAGAAGGCCAUUGGCUUCUUCAAGGGCGACGUGGACCUGUCCGCCGAGCUGGAGAUCGUUAAGAACAACAUCGGCACGGACGAGCUCAAGAUCAAUUGGCGGGAUUUCCUGCUGCUGGGCAAACUGAGGAACCGGAGGGCACUGCUGAUCGUGAUGGUCCUGGUUCUGGGCCAGCAGUUUAGCGGCAACUUCGGCACGAUGCAGUACCUGGAGAAAGUGUUCCAGCAGUCGAACAUCGGUAUCGAGCCCCACGUGGCCACGAUCAUCGUCAUGGCCGUGAGUCUGGUUUUUGGUGCCCUGUCCACGGCGACGGUGGAAAAAGCCGGCCGGCGAUCCCUCCUCAUCGUGUCGAGUUUCGGCUGUGCGGUGACGCACAUAGUGCUGGGGACUUAUUUCCUGCUAGAGUACAUGCACGUGGACAUGACCUCGAUAAAUCUGUUGCCCGUCGUGGACGUGGUCGCGUUUGCGAUUGUUUAUCAGGUUGGAAUGGGCACGAUGACGAAUAUACUGGUGGGCGAGCUGUUUCCCCCGAGCGUCAAAGCCAUCGCCGGAGCCAUAGCUACGGUGUUCGACAGCGUCGUCGGCUUCGUAGUUAUGAUCACCUUCGAUCCGAUCAUGGAACAUUAUGGUUCCAAGGUGUCGUACCUCAUAUACGGGACCUCGUGUUUCGUGCUGUUUAUUUUCGUCUUUGCGUACGUGCCCGAGACCAAGGGCCGGACUUUCGGCCAGAUUCAGGACAUACUGGGGACGUUGCGUCCGUUUCGGGUGUCGAGUGACUUGUCGUGUUGCGCGGGCCCGUGCACGACAAGGCCCGACAAACCCAAAGCUCAGGAGGCGUGA